CACGUUAGUACAGACCAACUCUAAAAAUAAAACAGUAAUACAGCAAAAUAAAGUAUAAAAAUGGCGAAGUACAAACCGUAAGCUCAGAGUCCCACGGCGUCUUCAUCUCAGACGACCCUUCCCGGAAACAAAUGGCUGAUCACCGGAAAUACAAAGGUUUGGACAAGAUUACCGUCGCUGAUAUCGAAUCUCUCGGCGUGUCAUCCGAGCUUUCCCGCCAGCUACACAAAAAGCUCGCCGAUAUUGUGAGUGUUUACGGAGCUGCAACUCCCCAGACAUGGCUGCGCAUCUCCGGCGACCUGCUUACCCCAGAGCAACCUUUCUCGCUCCAUCAGAUGAUGUACUAUGGCUGCUACAAGGACUUCGGGCCCGACCCGCCUGUUUGGAUCCCCGACCCAAAUGCAGGGAAAGUGUGAAAUUAACCAACAUAGGGAAGUUAUUGGAGAGGCAUGGGAAAGAGUUUUUGGGAUCAAAGUAUAAGGACCCCAUAUUGAGCUUUUCUGAUUUUCAGAAAUUUUCGGCCUCAAACCUUGAGGCCUUCUGGAAAACUGCAUUAGAAGAAAUGAAUGUUUCUUUCUCUGUUCCCCCGCAAUGUAUUUUGCGUGAGACUCCAUCUCAACCGGGUGGUCAAUGGCUUCCUGGAGCAUACCUUAACCCUGCAAAAAAUUGCUUGACAUUGAAUGGAAAGAGGAGUUUGAAUGAUACGGUUAUUAUAUACCGAGAUGAAGGAGAUGAUGAAACACCUGUUAAAAGGUUGACUCUUAAGGAGUUACAGUCUGCAGUCUGGGCAGUAGCACAUGCUCUUGACACACUAGGCUUGGAGAAAGGAUCUGCAGUUGCAAUUGAUAUGCCAAUGGAUCCCACUUCCGUUGUGAUCUACUUGGCUAUUAUUCUUGCUGGCUAUGUAGUGGUGUCGGUUGCUGAUAGUUUUGCACCAAAAGAGAUAUCAACAAGGCUCAAAAUAUCAAAUGCAAAAGCAAUUUUCACUCAGGAUUCCUUUUUCCGUGGUGGUAAAUGGCUACCAUUGUACAGCAAAGUCAUUGAUGCUGAAUCACCAAUAGCAGUUGUAAUUCCCAGUAGAAGCUCCAGGUCCACUGUGAAGUUGCGUGAUGGUGACAUUUCUUGGCAUGUAUUUUUAGAACGAGUAGAAAAGUCUAAAGAAUUUGAGUAUGUUGGCAUGGAACAACCUAUUGAAGCCUUCACAAAUAUUCUCUUCUCCUCUGGCACAACAGGGGAGCCAAAGGCGGUUCCAUGGACUGUUGCUACACCUUUCAAGGCAGCUGCUGAUGGGUGGUCCAGCUUGGAUAUCCGCAAAGGUGAUGUAGUAGCCUGGCCCACGAAUCUUGGGUGGAUGAUGGGACCUUGGCUAAUUUAUGCUUCCCUGUUGAAUGGUGCAUCCAUGGCCCUAUAUAAUGGAUCACCCCUUGGUUCUGGCUUUGCCAAGUUCAUCCAGGAUGCUAAAGUAACUAUGCUCGGAGUUAUACCAAGUAUUGUAAGAACAUGGAAAACUACAAAUUGUACUGCAUCUUAUGAUUGGUCAGCCAUCCGUUGCUUUGCAACCACUGGCGAGGCAUCUAAUAUGGAUGAAUGCCUAUGGCUUAUGGGGAGAGCUAAAUACAAGCCUGUCAUAGAGAUUUGUGGCGGCACAGAAAUCGGUGGUGGAUUUAUUUCUGGCUCACUUUUGCAGCCGCAAUCUUUAUCUGCUUUUAGCACUGCUUCUCUCGGCUGUAGGCUAUUUAUUCUCGGUGAAGAUGGACGUCCUCUGCCAUCAAAUGUUCCCGGAAUUGGUGAAUUGGCCCUUGGGGCAUACAUGUUUGGGGCCUCAAGCUCACUACUAAAUGCAGACCACUAUGAUGUCUACUUCAAAGGAAUGCCUGCUUGGAAUGGACAGGUUCUAAGAAGGCAUGGAGAUGUAUUUGAGCGAACUUCUAAAGGUUAUUAUCGUGCUCAUGGCCGGGCUGAUGACACUAUGAAUUUGGGUGGUGUCAAGGUAAGUUCAGUCGAGAUUGAGCGUGUGUGUAACUCAAUCGACGAUGUCAACAUUCUCGAGACAGCAGCCGUUGCGGUGCCACCACGGGGAGGUGGACCAGACAUGCUAGCGAUUGCAGUUGUGUUCAAAGAUUCAGAUGGCUCAAACUAUGACUUGAACUCUCUGAGAAUCUCUUUCAACUUGGCUCUUCAGAAGGAAUUGAAUCCUCUGUUCAAGGUUUCGAAAGUUGUAGCGGUCCCCGCUCUCCCAAGAACAGCAACAAAUAAAGUCAUGAGAAGGCUUCUGCGGCAGCAGUUUUCUCAUAUCAGUUCUAAUCUGUAAUAUAUUGAUUCUAAAAGGGCAUUUGGUACUCAAGAAAGUUAAUUUAAAAGGUGGAAAAAGGCUAUUCAUCUAUCUUUUUUCCUCUCUUUUUUUGGUUUAA